UUUAAAGCCCCGGCUCCAUCUUCCCGGCUGGUGUCCUGAUUCCUGAGGCACUGUACAGGGGGGCCCUGGGAACUGACAGUGGGCAGAAGUGGACUGUGACAGGUGCACAAGGGCACAGAGCUGCCAUCCAGGGCUCAGGCGGGACGAACAGCUGGGACAGACAGGGUGGAUGCUGAGAGAACGCAAACUCACUGGCAGCGGCCACUUUGUGCCAGGCCUGUGCUGAGCCAUUUCUGUUUCUUCUGGGAGAGAAAUUGGGAUUCCUGUUUUACAGAUCAGGCCUAACCUGACUGCCCGGGGCCACGCAGCCAGCAAGCCGCAGAGGCAGGAUCUGAAUUCAGGAGCUGCUUGGAGAUGCUGCUGUGGCUGCUGUGGCUGCUGUGGCUGCUGUUGCCCCUGUCCCUCCUGCUCCUGCUCCUCCUGCUGCUGCCUCCUGCCACACUGGUGCAGCGGGGCUCCCAGAAGGCCAGGCUGUCCUGGCUUGCUGACCUCCAGUACCGAGUGGCCCGCUGCGGCCUGGGCUGGGCAGCAGCCUGGCAGCAGCGGAGACUAGAACAGAGCACGUGGCACGUGAGCCAGAGCCAGCAGCAGGCUCUCACCUGGUGUCUGCAGGGUGCCCGGGGUCCCCGCUGGCCCUGCGCAGGGAGCACAGAUGUGAACACCUUCCGGAAUCGCCUCCCUCUGACUCAGGCCAACCAGGCCCAGGAAGAAGAACAUGGAGGGCAGCUCCUGUCCCCUCCCGCAAAGCAGUGUUGUGGUGGGAUCUCGCUGCAGGCCACUUUGCUGGGUCUCAGGGCGCUGGACAAGGCCUACCCCGGUGUGCUGGCUCCAGGAAGCACAGCCUGCGUGACUCCCACGUCCCCUUGGCCCAGUGCCCUCCCAUGGCCAGGCCAUGCCCUGGGCCUGCCUAACACCCCUGCAACCCAGGACUCCCAAGCUUUGCUAUUGGAGGCACUAAGGUCCCCAGAGCUGAGAGCGCUGGAGGCCAGCACAGCCACUGAACUCCUGGAUGUCUUCCUGGGCUUGGAGGCAGACAGCACAGAGCUGGUGGCCACCCUUGCAGCCGGAGACCCCGGCAUUGCUCUCCCGGAAAGGGCAGCGGCGCUGAGCGAGGCCCUGGAGCAAGGACCCCAGGGCCUGGCCCGCCGGCUAUGGCCACAACUGCAGGUGGUGGUGACGCUGGAUGCAGGAGGCCAAGCUGAGGCUAUGGCCGCGCUCGGGGCCUUAUGGUGCCAGGGGCUCAACUUCUUCUCUCCUGCUUACGUGGGCUCUGGAGGGGUGCUGGGCCUCAACCUCUGGCCAGAGCAGUCCCCAGGCCUCUACCUCCUUCCCCCUGGGGUCCCCUUCAUUGAGCUGCUCCCAGUCCCAGAGGGAGCCCAGGAGGAGGCUGGCCACACCAUCUUCCUGGCUGAGGCUCAGAAGGGCAAAGAGUAUGAGCUGGUACUGACUGAUCACACCAGCCUCAUCAGGUGUCGCCAGGGUGAUGUGGUGCAUGUGGUUGGGGCCUACAACCACUGUCCAGUCGUCAAGUUCACGGGCAGGCUGGGCCAGGCCCUGAGCGUACGAGGCGAAGAUACCAGCGAACAUGUCUUCUCGGAGGCCCUGGCCCGGGCGGUGGGGCAAUGGCCAGGGGCCAAACUCGUGGAGCACGGUUGUGUGGAGAGCAGCAUUCUGGACUCCUGCGAAGGCUCUGCUCCCCACUAUGAGAUCUUCGUGGAGCUCAGGGGACUGAGGAACCUGUCGGAGGAGAAUCGGGACAAGCUCGAUCACUGCCUUCAAGAAGUCUCCCCCCAUUACAAGUCCCUGCGAUUCCGGGGCAGCGUGGGGCCUGCCCGAGUCCACCUGGUGGGAGCUGGGACCUUCAAAGCCCUCCGAGCAGCCCUUGGGGCCUGCCCUUCAUCUCCUUACCCCCCAGAGAUGCCCAGGGUCCUUAGGCACAAGCACCUGGCCCAAUUCCUACAAAGGAGGGUGGUGUCCUGAGCCAGGGCCUGCCCCACUGCCAGGCUCCCUGCUUCUCCCCAGUGGGGGUCUCUCAGCAUGGGGAUCCUUGGCCAGUGCUGGAGGCAGGCAGCCAGGAAGAGUAGACCCCAGUUCAUGGCCACUGGAGACCCCUGGGGGAGAGCUCCCUAUGUCUCCCAGCCCAGGGAGUGUUCUCGGACCUGUGCUCUGGAUGGGCUGGGUGGACUCCAGAGGAACCCUCAGCUGACAAGGCAGAUGGGCAAGGAAGAAAACCAUCACGGACCCUGGCUGUUCCACGUGGCCCCUCCUGCCUCGGCCAUGGCCUUCUCCCUAAAGCAUCCCUCCCCACCUCCCGAUGUCUCCCAAAUAAACCUCUGG